AUGAGAAGAAUAAAGUCACUCCUCCAUUCAAUCUACCACUUCCACUCCUCUAUCAUCAGCAACUCCAUCGCCGCCGGUCUACACCGCACCAUGGCCACCGCCGUCCAACCCAUCAGUCCUUCAAACACCCGUCUCGGAUGGAUCGGCACCGGCGUCAUGGGCCAAUCUAUGUGCUCUCACCUAAUCAAAGCUGGCUAUACUCUCACCAUCUUCACCCGUACUCAGUCCAAAGCUCAACCCCUCCUCGACAUCGGUGCUAAUUGGGCUUCAUCACCUCACGCUGUCGCUUCCCAAUCCGACGUCGUUUUCUCCAUCGUAGGCUACCCCUCCGACGUCCGCCAUGUCCUCCUUCACCCAACCUCCGGCGCCCUUGCUGGUCUCUCUCCUAACGGAAUCCUCGUCGACAUGACCACUUCUGAACCCUCCCUCGCCAUCGAGAUCUCCAAUUCCGCCGCCGAGAAAUCAUGUUUCUCCAUUGACGCUCCUGUGUCCGGCGGCGAUCGUGGUGCUCGUAAUGCCGCGCUAUCAAUUUUCGCCGGAGGCGAUGAAUCUACCGUGAAACGUCUAAAUCCGAUUUUCACCCUUUUGGGGAAAGUUAAUUACAUGGGUGGUCCAGGAAAAGGGCAAUUCGCAAAAUUAGCGAAUCAAAUCACGAUCGCUUCAACAAUGGUUGGAUUAAUCGAGGGUAUGAUAUAUGCACACAAAGCUGGACUUGAUUUACCCCUUUAUCUGGAUGCAAUUUCUACCGGUGCAGCUGGGUCAAAAUCCCUAGAUUUGUAUGGUCAACGGAUCUUGAAAAGGGAUUUUGAAGCUGGGUUUUACGUGAAUCAUUUCGUUAAAGAUUUAGGGAUUUGUUUAAGAGAGUGUCAAAACAUGGGUAUUGCUUUACCUGGUUUAGCACUUGCUCAACAGCUUUAUGUGUCUCUUCAGGCUCAUGGUGAAGGUGAUUUGGGCACCCAAGCUCUUAUUUUAUCUCUUGAAAGGCUCAACAAUUCCAGCCUCAAAUCUUAUUCUUGA